ACUAAGAAAUGUCAAUAUACCAUUUUCAGGGAAGAAUUAGUGGACAGGUAUCACUAUCCUUCGUUGCUUUCAUACUUGGAGGUGUUGCCUUCGUCGUAUCAAAUUGAGGAGGCAACUAUAACAAAAUAUUUGAGUGGCGAUGGUUCCUUGUACCAGUCACCUGCAGCCACAGCAGCCGCAUACAUUGCAACUAAAAACCCAGAAACGCUGUCAUACCUGCGCAACCUCGUACGAAAUUGUAGUCAAGGAGUUCCUUCCAUGUAUCCCAUAGAUGAGGAUAGCAUAAAGCUCAAGAUGGUCAAUCACCUGCAAAAAUUAGGGUUGUCUGACCAUUUCAAUGGUGAGAUCAAAGCAAUGUCAGAAGAAAUAUAUAGCCACUAUAUUGAACAAGAAGCAGUACAACAAGACUUGAUACCAGCAGAUAUCUUCAAGAGCUCCUUAGCAUUUGAAGUACUUCGACUUCAAGGAUACAAAGUUUCUCCAGGGAAGUUUUGUGGGUUCCUCAAUGACGAAAGUGCUCUUCAACAUAUUAAAGACAACAGUGAGAUGUUUGGUAGCGUACUCUACAGCCUCUAUAGAACAACGAAUCUUAUGUUCGAGUCAGAAGAAGAGCUAAGAGAAUUGAGAUCAUUUUCAAGAAGUUUGCUUGCAGAAUGCUGCUUAAGUAGUAAGCCUAACAAUGAUGGUAUCAUGAUGUGGCCGCAUCUCCAAGAAGGGAUUGAAAGCGAACUCCUGGUUCCUUGGAUGGCUCGCAUGGAGCAUUUAGAUCAUAGGAAGUGGAUUGAAGGAAACGAGGAGAGCCCUCUUUGGUUAGGCAAAGCCUCAUUUUAUAGGAUAUCAUGCCUAGAUAACAUGGAUUUGCUUCAACUUGCUAAACAAAAUUAUGAGUACCGACAAAUGGUUUACAAAAAAGAGUUAGUAGAGCUCAUAAGGUGGUCCAAAGUUUGGGGCCUUACAGAUAUGGGCUUUGCAAGAGAGAAAACCACGUAUUGCUACUUUGCUAUUGCCUCUAGCUCAGACUUUCACUACGAUUCCGACAUUCGACUAGUUGUAGCAAAGAGUGCUGUGCUCAUCACCGUAUUUGAUGACUUCUUUGAUAUGGAAGGAUCACUUGAUGAUUUGCAAACCCUUGCAGACGCAGUGCAAAGAUGGGAUAACAAAGACUUGAAAAGUCAUAGCAAGAUCUUAUUUGACGUCCUUGAUAACUUUGUGGAUGAAGUAGCAAAGAAAUAUCAUGACCAACAUAAAUUCGACAUAACCAAUAAUCUUCGAAAAAUGUGGUAUGAAGUGAUUGCUUCAUGGUUAACUGAAGCAACAUGGAGCAAAACUGGGGAAAUUCCAUCAAUGGCUUCCUACUUAGAUACUGGGAUGAUAUCUAUAGCUGCACAUGUAUUGGUUCUUCAAGCAUCAUGUUUUACGCCUUCAAACUCUAAUACUUGUCAUCACAGUCUUAACCCCUCUCAAUAUGAAGCAAUUACAAAGCUCCUAAUGACAUCGUGUCGUUUGUUGAAUGACAUCCAGAGCUAUGAGAAAGAGGUCAAGGAUGGAAAACUCAACUCAGUAUUGCUACACUUAAAAGAAAACCCGAAGGCUAAUAUUGAAGAUGCAGUUAAUUAUGUAGAAAACAUACUUGAAGAAACCAAAAUGAAAUUGCUUGAACAUGCCUUAACGAUGGAUGGAAUUGAUGAUAGUUUUCCAAGACCCUGCAAGAUGUUGCACUUAUCAGCACUAAAAGUGUUUCAAAUGUUCUUUAACUCCGCCAACCAUUUCGACUCAAAAGAAACCCUUCUUAAUGACAUCAACAAGGCUAUAUUUGUUCCUUUUGAAGAUCAUACUUCUUUCAAUCUUCCAAAGCCUCUAACAUUUCCUUCUCGUUCAAAGAAAAUGCAUUCAGUGGUCAAUUCUGUUUACAGCAUAAACUUGAAAAACUAUAGCAAGAGCACAAAAUUGACGAUGCAUCAGAUUCCUUUCAGUAUAGCGCUGAAAAGCCAUCAAUUAAGGAUGAAGAUACCACCUUGCACCUUACGUUUUGCUUGUUGAUAUAUUGGUUUAAGGGUAAACGUUUUUAUGCUCAAAUCUAAUCUCCCACAAGUUUCAAUACCAUUUGUGUGUCGUUGACACCAUAGUAAUAAAAACUAAAGUAAUAAAUUGUGUGACGGAAGAUUUAGCUUCAAAUUCUUAAACGAACGCCUCAGAGUACAUAGGUGUGAUAGAUUGAUGGAAACACACUAAUGUACUUGUCUUGGAAAGGACUAGUAUUGUUAUAUAGCUUAUGUAUACAUGAAACUAUAAUAAAUAAAUAUAAAUUAGUGAUGUAAAUUAGCUCA